GCUCUCAGCUGUGGGCCACAGCAGCCAGGAAGCCUGUGCAGAGACCAAGGGAGCACAGCUCACUGUUCCAGGCUCCAGGCAGGUGCUGGUAGAUGGAAGGGAGCAGCAUGAGCACCAGGAUGUCCACAAAUCAUGAGAACACAGAGAUGUUUUCCAAUAAUGCUAUACUUCAGUACUUCAAAAAACAGAAAUUGGUGAUUUCAUAUGCAAUAAAAAAGCCGUUUCCUUUCCUUGAGGGCCUUCGUGAUCACGAACUCAUCACUGACAAAAUGUAUCAUGAUUUUCAAGACUCUUGUAGAAGCCUGGUCCCUCUACACGAAGUGAUCUACAAAGCCCUGGAAGAACUGGAGAAGAAUUUUAACAUGACAGUUCUGCAGGAAUUGUUCUGUGAGGUCAACAUGGAGAAUUACCCUCAUUUGGAACCCAUUUCCACAAGCUUUAAUAAUGUCUUCCCGAAUGCAUUGUGUUUCCAAGGAAGUGAUAGAGGAGGCCUGAACUCCCACCUAAGUCUCGAACAAGGACCUGGUGAGAGCUGUUCUCAAGGAAGCCUGACCUGGUCACCCAUGAAUUCCUCCUCAUCUGAUGAGGCUGCAAAGAGGAUUUCAUCUCGGACCCAAACAAGUAUUGGGAUUCAGUGCCCUAAGUUCCUGGCAGAGUGGGAAGGCGGGAGAAGGGAUGCUAGAGGAGCUACCACUCUCAUCCGGGGGAUUCAAACUGAGAACCAUCAACCCUCUGAGCCCCACAAUCGCACUGCUGUAAGUCUGCCUGCAAAUGGACUCUCAGAAGACCUCUGUGAAGCUGUCCAGAUUAGCAGAUUGGGAAGAGCUGCCACCGGCGACAGCACUGAACUCGGAAGGAAACAAGCAACCGUACCACAAGGCCCAGAUUCUGAGCCAGAAGGAUCAGUGCUAAUCAGCCGUGGGAUACAAGUUAGUCGCUCUUCUGUGGAUCUCAUAGAUAUAGAGAAGGAAGAGUCAUCCUCACUCUUGUAUGAAGAACAACAGACCCGAUCAAGGACCAACAGCAAUCAGGAGUCUGGGGAAAUUGUCAUCAGCAGCGAGGAUUCUGGUGAUGAAAACAACUGCUCAGAAGAUGCCCCCUCAGUCAGCUGCCAACCAAAUACCAGAAAUAUUGAGAACAAUCCUACCUCGGCAAAGGACGGUGGAAGCAUAAUGAUGACUGGAAUGAAUUUAGGGCCAAGAGUUCCGACUGCUGGUCACUGUGCCAAUCCUGCUGUGCCGCUGCUCAGAACGAGAGUCAACCUGGCGACGCCAUCUUGGAAGAGCCUGGCUUUCCAAAGAAGACGUGUCAACCCUUCACAAAGAAGCAGAAAGAGAGGUCCGAGAAUUCCCAGACAAAAUGCGGAUUUUAGCCGUCCUGUGCUUCCGGUGAGCUGUGGCAAGGCUGAGGGGAAGCUGCAUAGGGAGAAAUUUGAGAAAGGCAUCUAUGAGAAGAGCAUAGAGAAUAAAAAGGGACAAUGGUUCACUCCCCCAGAGUUUGAAAUUGAAGGAAAACAUCAAAAUUCCAAGAAAUGGAGGCAAAGCAUACGCUGCUUCGGAUGGACCCUGCAAGAGCUGAUAAAGGAAGGAAAACUACCAAACCCACCACGGAAGAGGAAACAGAAAGAAAACCCACCAAAUCCACAGCAAACAAAGCAAAAGCUGGAAAAUUCAGAAACAUGCACAGUGUGCCGCCAGCGAUGGAAGCUGUACCCUUGUGCCAACUGUAGAAACUCCUACCAUAAGAAAUGCCACAUCCCACCUGUGGAAGAUGAGAGUGGCCAAUGGUGCUGUGUCUUCUGCAAGACAGAGACAAAUGAUCAGCUACAGUGCCAAGGAAAUCAAGCGUGUCCUAAGGAAUCUGGGGCCCUGAAGAGGAAAAUGUCAUCCAAGGACCAGCUGAGAUGUGAGCAGCUUCUCUUGACUAUCUAUUGCUAUCCAAUAAGUGCCUUUUUUAUCCCCAAACCAAAGCAAAGGAAAGAGGACUUUCCAGACCUCCAGAAGCACAUGUGGCUGAACAAAAUCAAGAAGAGGCUGAAUAAGAAGGCAUACCAUUCAGUACAAUCCUUCGUGAGGGACAUGCGCCUCAUCUUUCAGAACCACAGCAUCUUCUAUAAAGACAAGUUCAAAACUCUUGGAGUCACAGUAGGAAGCAUAUUUGAGGAGAAUUUUGAAAGAAUUUUUUCAAACAAGGAUCCAAGCAAACGACUUCAAGCAUGCAAUCACGUCAUCUUGUUAACGUAGUCCUCCGUAUUCUCUCCACUCGCCAUCCCAGCAGCAGCCAGCAGCACAACGCUUCCAGAGCCCACCUUUCUGCGUAAACGUCCCUCCACACUUCAGUUCCUAACUUCUAUAUCGGCGUCCUGCCUUCUCAACUAUCAUUCUAGAUAAAACUUAACCUUACAAUGUACCUCACAGCGGUGAACUGCUCGGUGAUGAAGGAUCCCACUGAGAAGAUGACUGGAAGCAGGCUUGCCCCCUACCCCAUCUCAAACCCAAGGAUGUUUGUCUCAAAAAUGCCCCCCAAAGCACCUUGUCUAGGGGUGGCUUGGCCCCUCUAACUCUGUGACAGGGAGGAAGAACCAGCAAAACAGCCCAAGAGUGAAAAUGAAAACAUUGUAUCCCUGAAAACAGCUAGAAGGUGACCCAUUUCUAACAGACAGUACAAUCGUUUCUCCUGUGAUGUAAGACAGAAAAGAGAAGCCAGAAGUUCAGCCAUGGGAGCUCAGUCACAGAGAGAAAGUUCAGCUGGGAACUGUGGCUGACUGCUCAGCUUCCACGGACAGUUCUUGCUGGCUGUUGUGAGCAUCCGGUUGAUAAUUGCUCUCUCGGCUGCUAUCUAUUCUUUUAUCCGGAAGCCCCACCAGAGGCUGACUCUACCCUGCCCUGACUUGACUGGGAACUCCAGCAGACCGCCUCUGCAGAAUUUCCCCUGUUGAGUCCCCCUGGAUAUUUCAAGCACACGAUUAAAGAUGUUUUGUUGUUGUUGUUUU